AUGUCUGACGUUCAGAAGCCCGUUGAGGAGACCCCCGCGGUCGUUCCCGCUGCUGAGCCCGUUGUUGAGGCUCCUGCUGCCACUGAGGCUGCUGCUGAGGCUCCCAAGGAGGAGGUGAAGGAGACUCCCGCUGAGGAGACCACUGCCACCCCCGAAGUCGCUGAGACCACUGAGGCUGCCAAGGAGGAGAUCAAGCCCGCCACUGAUGGCACCCUCGGCUACAAGGCCCCCGGUCUGGUCAAGAGCCUGCGCUUCGCUAAGCGUUUCUUCUACUUCAACGACGAGGCUGUUGAGGCCAAGCAGCUGUCCACCUUCCACCAGAGCGAGAAGCCCGCCGUUGCCAACCCCAUCGCCGCCUGGGCCAGCCAGACCGGCAAGGGUCUGCUCUUCAUCACCAAGCGCGCUGAGGACAAGGCUCACCCCAGCCACAUCAUCAACCUGGCUGAUGUCUCCGAUGUGACCAAGGAGGGCUCUAGCGAGUUCCAGUUCAAGAUCGCUGGCCAGAAGCACACCUUCCAGGCCUCCAGCGCCGCUGAGCGCGACAGCUGGGUUGUCGCUAUCGAGGCUAAGGCUACCGAGGCUAAGGCUGAGAAGGAGACCAUCACCUCCAGCGAGGGCUACAAGGCUGAGCUCGAGAAGCUGACCAAGCCCGUUGCCGUCGCCGCUGUCGCCGCUAAGAAGCCCGAGGAGAAGAAGGAGGAGGAGACCGCUGCCGCUGCCCCCAAGGAGACCGAGGAGGCCGCCCCUAAGGAAGAGAAGAAGAAGGAGACCGCCAAGUCUCGCUCCCAGUCUCGCAAGCGCUCCAGCAUCUUCGGCUCCCUUCUCGGCAAGAAGGAGGAGGCUGAGGAGAAGAAGCCCGAGGAGAAGGAGGAGACCACCGAGGAGGCCCAGCCCGCUGAGGCUGCCGCUCCCGUUGCCGAGCCCGUUGCUGAGACUGCUGCUGAGCCCGCUGUCGCCACUGAGGUUGCUCCCCCCGCCGAGACCACCGAGGACAAGGCCGCUGAGGAGCCCAAGGAGGAGAAGAAGGAAGAGAAGAAAGAGGAGAAGAAGAACAAGCGCGCCUCCAUCUUCGGCAACUUCUUCCAGAAGGUCACCAGCCCCGCUCACGAGAAGUCUGAGAAGGAGGCUACCGCCCCCGUUGAGGAGACCACCGUUGCCAGCACUGCUCCCCAGCUCGAGAACCCCGUCGAGGAGGCCGCUGUCAAGCCCAUUGAGCCCGAGACUGUGACCGCUGCUGCCGACGCUGAGGUCGCCAAGGCCACCGAGGAGGUCUCCGCCGCCGCCGAGGCCACCACCCCUAAGGACAAGCGCCGCACCUCUUUCUUCGGCAACUUCGGCAAGAAGGAGAAGAAGGCCGACACCUCCGACAACGAGGUCACUGAUGGCGAGACGAAGGCCAAGGCCUCCAAGCUUGGUGGUUUGUUCCGCAAGCCCAGCAAGGCCGUGAAGCUCGACAAGGAGGAGACUCCUGCCGCUGAGGCCGAGGCCAAGGCUGAGGAGACCGCCGAGGCUGCCGUUGCCGAGACCGCUGCCCCCGUCGAGGAGGCUGCCGCCCCUGUCGUCGAGGAGGUCGCUCAGCCCGUUGAGACCGCCACUGAGGAGGCCAAGAACGUCAACCUCACCACCACCGCCCCUGUCCAGGCUGCUGCUUGA